ACAAACAAGUAACCACGUGACGUGUCAUGAUCACGACUUCCAUCGUUCAUUCUCCAACUCUCCUCUUCAAAAUAAUAAAAUAAAUAUCCAAAACUCAAGGCCACACAAACACACACACAACCCACAAUGAGUUAUUACAACCAACAGCAACCGCCCGUCGGAGUUCCACCGCCACACGGUUAUCCACCGGAGGGAUACGGAAAGGACGCACCUCCGCCGCCGGGAUAUCCACCUCCGGGAUAUCCCCCGCCGGGAUACCCACCGCCGGGAUAUCCUCCGCAGCAAGGGUACCCUCCGCCGCCGUACCCAGCGCAGGGGUAUCCUCCGCCCUAUGCGCCUCAAUACGCUCAGCCUCCGCCACCUCAACAACAAAAUUCAUCAGGCCCUGGUUGCUUGGAAGGCUGUUUGGCUGCUCUCUGCUGCUGCUGCCUAUUGGAUGCUUGCUUCUGAGGAGACAUUACUUUAAUUGGACUGAAGUGUGUUUUAGCAUUGAGCUCAAUGACAAGUGUGUUUUAGCAUUGAGCUCAAUGACAAGUGUUUCUAGUUUUUCUCUUUGUUUUACUCCUUGUUCGCUGUUUAUUUCAUAAAUAAUAUGAACAAAUAUUGCUUCCAGAGGUCAAACUACCUGAUUCAGAGCUUCAUGUUUCUCUGAUGGUCCUCCUCAAUCACACCCCGUUAUCAAACCCUAAAUAAUGAGCCACUGGAAAAAGAAAAAAGGAAAAAACACCAAAAUGGGUUCAACUGCAAUUCAUGGCACAUUUUUGUUGCCAGCCUAGCCUGUAACGAAAAUUCCGUUUACUUCUAUUUUUGCAUGUUGUGUUGCAACUCAAUUUGAAUGGACUUUGGUUAUACCUUCAAAGAUCAUGGAGUAAAUCGU